GGCAUUCGUCAAGCAGAAAGCACAGUUCGCAUUCAAUAACCACGGAGAGGAGGUCUUACGGACACGUAACACAUAAAGAAAGGAAUUUAUUACUUGAACCAAGGGAUCUAACCACAAAAUGCCGCCACCACAUCACGAGGAUCGAGGCUUGUUCGGAAUCUCCUUGGGGCUGCACCUGGGCGGACAUGGACACCACCACCACCACCACGGACCACCGCCACACCACUUCGAUCAUCAUCACCACCACCACGGACCACCGCCACACCACUUCGAUCAUCAUCACCACCACCACGGACCACCGCCACAUCACUACGAUCAUCACCACCACCACGGACCACCGCCACAUCACUUCGAUCAUCAUCAUCACGGACACCAUGGACACCAUGGACCUCCAGCGCAUCAUCAUCAUCAUCACUGCUAGAGGAGUGAUAAAAGGACGCAGCAGUGAUCCGAUACAUUGCUGGACAAGUGAGGGAAACACUCAUGCAGAUGAUUCAUGAUUGACUAUAGGUCAUAAUACAAGCAGAUUUCUUGUGAUGCCUUCUCUAUUCCGGCGGAGUGACAAGUGACUGCCUAUUUAUUUAUAUUUACGAAUUUAAUUUGUACGGAAUUAUAAAACAAAAUAUUAAAGGAAACAAUUAAGAACCAACA